GCUCUGCAGAGUGCAGACACAUUAAGGAGCCUGUGGAUUCUGUAUUUUGAAGGACCACAUUGUGUGAUUGCUAAAUUUUUUCAACUGUCAACAUGGUUGAUGCAUUUUGUGCAACUUGGAAACUGGUUGACAGCCAGAAUUUUGAUGAAUACAUGAAAGCACUGGGUGUUGGUUUUGCCACUAGGCAAGUUGGCAAUGUUACCAAACCCAUAAUUGUCAUCAGCCAUGAAGGGGACAAAGUUGUGAUAAAGACACAGAGUACCUUCAAAAACACUGAGAUUUCUUUCAACCUAGGAGAGGAGUUUGAUGAAACAACAGCAGAUGACAGACAUGUAAAGUCAACUGUAACCAUGGAAGGAGACAACCUUGUCCACGUUCAGAAGUGGGACGGCAAGGAGACUAAGUUUGUUAGAGAAAUAAAGGAUGAAAAAAUGGUUAUGACAUUGACCUUUGAGGGAGUGCAGUGUGUGCGCACAUAUGAAAAGGCAUAAUGUCGAACUGAUGGUCAAUUCAGUGUAACCCUGGCAACUUGACAAUAUUAAAAGGGCAUUUUUACAUUGUAUUCUAAACUUUACAUUUUCCCCUUUUUGAGACACGUGAGACAUUUUUUGUGACACCUUUUAUAUGAAAUACACAUUGUGGAGUUUUUAUAAAUGUUACAGAAUGUUAUUGGUGGACUGUAUAAUUGAUGCCUGCAUUUGUGUCAACCUGAAUGAAAUACACACUUGUUAAAAAAAGACUCUUUGUUUC